ACAUGAUGUUGCUGAAGUUGCUGGACUUACAACAUUCUCCUUUGGCGAAGAUGAAGUAGACAGAUAUGUGAUGUUAUUCAAAAAGGAAUUCCCUCCUCCAGAUGAAGAACUAGAGGCAUACAGGAAUGGAGAGAACAAGUCUGGUGCAAAAUACUGGCCUCUAAGUGCCAAAAAGAAAGAAGAAACUACCGCAACAUUUUAUAAAGACAAAUACAAACACCUCCUAGGGACUGAGAGUGGGAAAGCAGCGGCUAAAGCUACUAAAAGUAACAUGUCUUAUGGAGUAGUUCCAAGUGAAAACAAAAGAGAUUUACGRUCCAUUGAGGAAACCCUUAAUGACAUCAGAAAAAGAAAGAAAGCCAAAGUAUCCAGCAGUGAUGUUGAUGAUGAACCUUAACACCAUCAUGACCAGACAGUCCAGAAUUUCACCAGUAAAAGUGGAAGACAUUACUUCACCUCAGAAAGUGAUUCAGGAUUAUUUUCAGCAAAGAGACUUUUAUCAGUAGCAAAUACUCAUUGAAUAUUGGUUAUGCCUGGUAAAAGUAAAGUCCAGGAAUCACACUUGGUAUACAUGAACUACUUAUUGGACAAGGGUGUGGAUAUAUUGGAAUUAGUCAAAGUGCACUACAGUAAUAAUUGGCUAUACCAAACUGAACAACACUAAUGGUGUACAUGAACUAAUAAUUGAUAUGUACUGGAUAGUAAGUGAUGGUAGUUGAUGCAAACAACACGAAUGUACUGCAUUAAAUAUUGACUAUACUUGAUGGAGUCAUGAAAUAGUGAUGGACGUUAGUGUGCUACAGUAAUGAAGGCUAUACCUCAUACAACUCAGGAUGUUCAGUGCAAGUGCAUGUUGUGUACAAACAAUGUGUUGUUUUUUAGUUUCAAAGUUUGUUAGAAAAUUACCUUUUUCCGAAAUCCACUUCUAUUUUCGGUUGAAUAAAAAUAACAUUCAAAAGUCAA